AUGGCCACUGAAGGUGAACCGCAGUCGAGUUCCCCGCGUCUGGGGCAGGCGGAGAUGGAAGGACUUGUGCAGCGGUUGUACUACCAGCAGAUGGAGCUGGCGGCGCGGCGGGAGGAGGAGCGCCGCCGCGAACUCUCCAGGAUGCGUGCCCCGCCGCGCCGCAUCAACAAGGGCGAGGAGGGGGAUCUAGUUCGCCGCAUCUACGACCAGCAGCUGGAGCGAUUCCGGCAGAGCAGGGAGGAGCGGGAGCGGAGGACGUACGAGGAGAUGCACCGCAGCGACAAGAAGGUGCCGGAGUCAGAGAUACAAGAGCAGGUGGACCGCAUCUACGGACAGGAGAUCGCCAAGAGCAAGGCCCGCCGCGAGGAGCUGCAGAAGCGGUACCUGCCAGAGAUGGAGCCGAAGAAGAUCAGCAAGGCCAAGCUCAAGGAGAGCGUGGAGCGCCUCUCGCAUGUGGACUACGCCAAGAGAGACGAGGAGCUGUUCAAGAAGUACGUGUACCCAUACGACCCGCCAACCGUAAAAAUCUCCCACGAGGAAGUGGAGACGAUGGCCAACCGCCUCUCAACGAGGGGCGCCGCGUAG